GCUCCAGCACUGAUUCUCAAGACUGAGGAGGAUGUAUGGGCCUUUGGAGCCUAGCAGGAUGGAGCAGGGCAGUGACAGUCUCUCAGAAAACCUCAGGCUGAGUGCGUGGUCAGGAUGUCACGCACCUGGUAUAGGUGGUACCCACGAUAAUCUCUCAGAAUCCAAGGGUUGCUCUGUGGACACCACAACCCCCAGCAGGAGCGCCAGCUCCUCACCUUUUGCAAGGACAGGUCUGAGGGUCAGCGAGCCUUCAGGCGUCCCUGGAACGUUUGCCCAGCUGGUCACUGCUGUGGAUCCGGGCCAGAAGUCCUCUUCCUCCUCUUCCUUCUCCUCGAGCUGCCGUCCCUCCCUGGAAGCCUCGGUGCCCGAGGCCCACAAGGCUCAACAGCACUCGGAGUUUGUCCUGCUUAGGCUGCAGACAAGAGAUGGGCAGCGACCUGAGUGGACAUUUUACCCAAGGUUCAGCUGCAGUAUCCACACCUACCAUGUCGGGAAGCAGUGCUUCUUCAACGGGGUCUUCCUGGGCAAUAGGAGGUCUGUUUCUGAGAGGACAGUGGACAAGAGCCUUGGGAGAAAGAGAUACGAUAUGGAUCCCAGGAACGGAAUCCCGAAGUUAACCCCAGGGGACAAUCCGUAUAUGUCCCCAGAGCAGAGUAAAGGCUUCCACCAGGCAGGGUCCACUCUGCCGCCAGUAAACUUUUCCUUGGUGCCGUACCAGAAGAAGUUUGACACGUUUGUUCCACUUGAACCUCUUCCACCAACUCCCAGCUUGCCUUUCUGGGUGAAGGAGAAGGCCAACCGUCUGAAGAAUGAGAUAAGAGAAGUUGAGGAGCUGGACAAUUGGCACCCAGCAACACCUUUAAUGGGAGGUUUAUUCCCUUCCGGUGUGGACUUCCCCAGGCAAACCUGA